AUGGGGCGUACACAUAUGCAUAUCAAGGCUGGCGACGAAUCAAGCAAGCUUUCCCACAUGAUCGAGACCAUCCGAGUGGCGUUGAGUUCGAUGGGUGGAGGCGAGAUAUCUGUUUCAGCCUACGACACUGCCUUCAUCGCCCUUGUCAAGAACCUAGACGGAGGUGAUCGGCCACAGUUCCCCUCUAGCAUUGACUGGAUCAUUCAAAACCAGCUACCAGAUGGUUCGUGGGGUGAUGGCUCAUUUUUUCUGGUCCAAGACCGACUUAUGAACACCCUAGCAUGUGUUGUGGCGUUGACGUCAUGGAACCUUUAUGUUGACAAGUGCGAGAAAGGCAUGCAUUUUAUCAAAGAAAAAAUAUGGAGAUUGGCUGAAGAGGAAGAAGAUUGGAAGCUAAUCGGCUUCGAAAUUUGCUUCCCCUCGCUCCUAUGCAUGGCCAGGGACAUGGAUCUGGACAUUCCUCACGAUGACCCUGCCUUCGAAGCCAUAUAUUCCAAGAGAAACCAAAAGCUCAAUAAGAUUCCUUCGGAUGUAUUGCACACUAUGCCAACGACUCUACUUCACAGUGUGGAGGGAAUGGCAGACUUGGACUGGGAAAGGCUGCUUCCGUUGCAGUGUUCAGACGGCUCCUUUUUUUCAUCACCCGCAGCCACAGCUCACGCUUUGAAGGAAACAGGCGACCUAAAAUGCCUCAAAUUCCUUGACGAAGUCAUCAAAAAGUUCGAAGGCGGAGCGUCCUGUGUCCAUCCUGUUGAUUUGUUCGAGCGUUUAUGGGCGGUUGAUCGUUUGACGCGUCUGGGGAUAUCAAGGCACUUCACCAGGGAAAUUGAGGAGUGCUUAGAUUAUACUUACCGGUACUGGACUGAAAAUGGGCUGAGCCACACAGGGUCCUGUGCAGCUUCGGAUAUCGACGAUACUGCGAUGGGUUUCCGUCUCCUCCGUUUGCAUGGCUACCAUGUCAAUCCAUGCGUGUUUAAGAAAUUCGAGAAGGACGGCGAAUUCUUCUGCUUCCCAAGGCAGUCGAGCCAAUCUGUCACUGCCAUUUACAACACAUACCGUGCUGCUCAGGUCGCGUUUCCUGGCAAGAAGGACGACGUCCUUCGGCGGGCCGAGCGGUAUUGCCGCACAUUUCUCCAGGAGAGGCGCGCCUCCAACAAACUCAGCGACAAGUGGGUCAUUCCCAAGGAUUUGCCAGGCGAGGUAGGAUACGCACUGGACUUCCCCUGGAAAGCAAGUUUGCCACGGAUCGAAACAAGGUUGUAUCUAGAGCAAUAUGGAGGCAGCGACGAUGUGUGGAUUGGAAAGGUCCUCUAUAGAAUGCCUCUUGUCAACAAUGACCUGUACCUAAAGGCGGCGAAGGCUGAUUUCACCAAUUUCCAGCAAAUGUGCCGACUUGAGUGGCAUGACCUGAAAAGGUGGUAUGACAGGAAUAAUCUGCAAAUGCGUGGUCUGUCUGAAAGUAGCGCACUGAGAGCUUACUUCUUAGCUGCAGCCAACAUCUUUGAACCGAACCGAGCAGCGGAGCGCCUGGCAUGGGCUCGCACGGCGAUACUUACAGAUGUUGUCUCCGCCUACUUUCAACGCAACGGUUGUGCUCCGGACUUGAGAGAACGGCUUAGUACUAGUAACCUCACUCGCGACCGCCACCACAGUCUAUCAAGGGUAGCAAUAAUGGAUUGGACAGAAAAUAGCAUACUACAUGUUCUUCAGGAGCUGAUCACGGACCUUGGCAAAUUUGACAAUACCACCGACACUCUUCGCAAAGCUUGGAAGGAUUGGCUUAUGGCAUGGACUGCAGAGGAGAGAAGUGGACCAUGUGAGUGGAGUACAGCAUUGUUGUUAGUUCGCACAAUCGAGGUCUGCUCAGGAAGACACAGUUCGACCGACCAUCAGCUGAACUUUUGGGAGUAUACCCAGCUCGAGGGGCUCACCUCUUCAAUAUGCCGCAAACUUGCAUCUAGGGUUCUUGCAAAGCAUGGACAUAGAAUGGAAAACAUAGAGGAUAUAGACCGACAAGUGGAUUUGGAGAUGGGAGAACUCGCUCAUCACGCUCUUCAGAGCUGCAACGGUAUCAGAAAACUGACUGGGCAGACUUUUCUCCACGUGGUGAAGAGUUUCAACUACGUUGCCCUUUGCUCAUAUGACACAAUUGAUUGCCAUAUCUACAAAGUCUUAUUGGAAGAUGUCAUUUGA